AACAGUGGCCCAUCAGAGGCCCAGCCUCGACUCUCGCUCAGUACUCAUCCCGAAAUUAAGGUCUGCAACAUUUCAACUUACACAUAUCACUGCGGGAAGAAGGCCUUAAAUUUUCUUCACUAUGCCUAAAUUUCAAUAUUCGUUUCUCUAUCUUAUCUUCUCUUCCUUCUUUGCCCGAGUUCUAGCGAGUUUCGAUCUGGUCCGCUGCUGUAUCAAGGCUGCUCGCGACGAAAGCAUCAGGUCUGAAAAUGCAGCGAACGAUUACCCUUGGAAAAUCUGCAAACUCGGCGAAUCCAUUGUUUAUCCAUCUGAAACACAGCUUUGGUCUGUUCAGAAAACUCGGGCUUGGUGCAACGCUGAGUGCGCGGGCUAUCAACGCAGCGAGACAAGCCAGUGGUUGCAACCACUCGCGACCUGGAUUGCACCUUACGUCGCUUUGCUUCUAGUCACGCCCAUAGGCGAGAUAUCAGAGUCCAAAACAGAGCAAAUCAGAGCAGCCGCCGGCUCAUCGGGCGCCCGAGAGAGGUUGCUUAGCUCGAUGAAAUGGUUCUGGGAGUGGGUGAGCGGUACACCUUGGGAAUAUAUUCUCCUACUGGGGGAUCCAGCCAGUGCACUGUGGGGCGCUUUCUCUGAGAUAAUAUCGGACUUCCGACUUGCUCGUAGACUAUCCGACCACAAUUCGGGCUGGCUGGCGAAUAUAGCCUUAUGGAUCACGAUGUUGGCUGGAGACACCAAGUUUGAACACUCCAUCCUUUGGAAUGGGUUCAUCAACCGUCUCGAGAAGGAAGAUUCACAGGGAGCACAAUCUAUCCGUGAUCUGGAUGAACCAACUAUGAAGAAUACAACGCCGUGGACCAUGCUGGCUGAGGAGAUUAUCAAACGGACUUCGAAUACAGACAAGGUGUUGUCAAGCGAGUCGAGAGACGUGGACAAAAUCGAGCCCAUGAGCUCAGUCAAUGCGGCGAGCUCGAGCGAAUUUUCACUCCGGCAAAGUCUCUCAUAUGGAGUCCAUGUAUUGGUCCAAGGUCGAAUUGACUUUGUCAAGGGUAUCUUCCUUCCAGUCAUACUUAUGCUCGCUGUUGCAGCAUCUGUCUUUUUUGACGCCUACGGCAAGCUCGGUGAUAAAGACACAGCGCACGCACUAGCCUAUGGUGUCUGGUAUUCGUGGCUCAUCACACUCUCCGUAUCAGGGAACUGUUUUGCCACAAGCGUCAAUGUAGGACUAGCACGCAAAGCAUUCGGCGAUUCGUUAAGACUUUCCGAUCGGAGAGUAUCGCUCUCCGAACGAUAUAUGAAUGCAUUCAAAUGGGAGCUUUGGCUAUGGCAAAUCGAACGCGCGGACCCUGUGAAAGCUGACAAGGGCCAUCCGAAGCGUGAGGUUUGGUUUUGGACGAAAUUUGUCCUAGGCCAGCUGCUAGGCUGGGUUUGUGUUGCCUUUGCUUGCGGUUGCGCGGCCGUCAUAUCAUGGACGACACCAACUGUUGGUCUCGGAUGUCGAUCCUUCACCUAUGUGCUUUAUGGUAUUGGCACCUUCAUCGUCGCGGUGUUGCAUGUCCCUCGUCAACGACUCAUAUUCUUGUCUCAAGAUAGGUCUGGGCAGUUCCAGAUGAGGAUAGCGACAUGGGCACAUACUUUACUUGUCAUAUUCAACGCUUUAGUCAUGAUUGUUGGCACCAUUUUCCACCUUUCCGGGGUGUAUAGAAGUUGCCAAUGCUCAAGACUGUUUGCAAAAGACGACACUCUCAUAGAGUUUAACAGAAACACUGAGCAAUCUGUCACUAACGCAAGAAGAUACUGGCUAGUCACGGGAUAUGUUGCGUUUUCUUUUGUAUGGGUAGUAUGUGCGAUGGCUAUGGCGGCUCGAAAGAUUAUUGUCUCGAAGAUGGAGAAAGCUUUGGAGGAUAACUGUUUCGACUGAUCACAUUGCGUGUCCAGAUGGCGUCUGCGCCAUACGACAAAAAG